AUGGUCCGGCUGGGCAAGCUGCUGGGCGUCCUGACUCGGAUGGAGUUCCCCUGCUAUGUGCUGGAGGUGCUCCUGUGUGCGCUGGCAGCGGCGACGCGCGGCCAGGAGAUGUACGCCCCGCACUCGAUCCGGAUCGAGGGGGACGUCACCCUCGGGGGGCUGUUCCCCGUGCACGCCAAGGGUCCCAGCGGAGUGCCCUGCGGCGACAUCAAGAGGGAGAACGGGAUCCACAGGCUGGAGGCGAUGCUCUACGCCCUGGACCAGAUCAACAGCGAUCCCAGCCUGCUGCCCAACGUGACGCUGGGCGCGCGGAUCCUGGACACUUGUUCCAGGGACACUUACGCGCUGGAGCAGUCGCUCACUUUCGUCCAGGCGCUCAUCCAAAAGGACACCUCCGACGUGCGCUGCACCAACGGCGAGCCCCCGGUGUUCGUCAAACCCGAGAAAGUAGUCGGAGUGAUUGGGGCUUCGGGGAGUUCGGUGUCCAUCAUGGUAGCCAACAUCCUGAGGCUUUUCCAGAUCCCCCAGAUCAGCUACGCAUCCACGGCACCCGAGCUCAGUGACGACCGGCGCUACGACUUCUUCUCUCGUGUGGUCCCGCCCGAUUCCUUCCAAGCCCAGGCCAUGGUGGACAUUGUGAAGGCCCUGGGCUGGAAUUACGUGUCUACUCUUGCGUCUGAAGGAAGUUACGGAGAGAAAGGUGUGGAAUCCUUCACUCAGAUUUCCAAAGAGGCAGGUGGCCUCUGCAUCGCCCAGUCUGUGAGAAUCCCCCAGGAGCGCAAAGACAGAAGCAUUGACUUUGAUCGAAUUAUCAGACAGCUCUUGGACACCCCCAACUCCAGGGCCGUGGUGAUUUUUGCCAACGAUGAAGAUAUAAAGCAGAUCCUUGCAGCCGCCAAGAGAGCUGACCAAGUGGGCCAUUUUCUCUGGGUGGGAUCUGACAGCUGGGGAUCCAAAGUGAACCCACUACACCAGCACGAAGAUAUUGCAGAAGGCGCCAUCACCAUUCAGCCCAAGCGAGCAACUGUGGAAGGGUUCGAUGCUUACUUCACAUCCCGCACGCUCGAGAACAACCGAAGAAACGUGUGGUUUGCUGAGUACUGGGAGGAAAACUUCAACUGCAAGUUGACAAUCAGUGGGUCCAAAAAGGAAGACACGGACCGUAAGUGCACAGGACAGGAGAGAAUUGGGAAAGAUUCCAACUAUGAGCAGGAGGGUAAGGUUCAGUUCGUGAUUGACGCCGUCUACGCCAUGGCUCACGCCCUUCACCAGAUGAACAAGGAUCUCUGUGCUGACUACCGGGGUGUCUGUCCGGAGAUGGAGCAGGCCGGGGGCAAGAAGUUGCUGAAGUACAUUCGCAAUGUUAACUUCAAUGGUAGCGCUGGCACCCCAGUGAUGUUUAACAAGAACGGAGACGCACCUGGGCGUUACGACAUCUUCCAGUACCAGACGACAAACACCACCAACCCCGGUUACCGUCUGAUUGGGCAGUGGACGGAUGAACUUCAGCUCAACAUAGAGGACAUGCAGUGGGGUAGAGGAGUCCGGGAAAUCCCCCCUUCUGUGUGCACACUGCCAUGUAAGCCUGGACAAAGGAAGAAGACACAAAAGGGAACCCCAUGCUGCUGGACGUGUGAGCCUUGCGAUGGUUACCAGUACCAGUUUGAUGAGAUGACGUGCCAGCACUGCCCCUAUGACCAGCGGCCCAAUGAGAAUCGGACCGGCUGUCAGAACAUCCCCAUCAUCAAACUGGAAUGGCACUCCCCCUGGGCUGUCAUCCCCGUGUUCCUGGCAAUGCUGGGCAUCAUCGCCACCAUCUUCGUCAUGGCCACUUUCAUCCGCUACAAUGACACGCCCAUCGUCCGCGCAUCUGGCCGGGAACUCAGCUACGUCCUGUUGACAGGCAUCUUUCUCUGCUACAUCAUCACUUUCCUGAUGAUAGCCAAACCCGACAUAGCGGUGUGCUCUUUCCGGCGAGUUUUCUUGGGGUUGGGUAUGUGCAUCAGCUACGCGGCCCUCUUGACAAAAACCAAUCGGAUUUAUCGCAUAUUUGAGCAGGGCAAGAAAUCAGUGACAGCCCCCAGACUCAUAAGCCCCACGUCUCAACUGGCAAUCACUUCCAGUUUAAUAUCAGUUCAGCUUCUGGGUGUUUUCAUUUGGUUUGGCGUUGACCCACCCAACAUCAUCAUAGACUAUGACGAGCAUAAGACAAUGAACCCUGACCAGGCCAGAGGAGUUCUCAAAUGUGACAUUACAGAUCUCCAAAUCAUUUGCUCCUUGGGAUAUAGCAUCCUUCUCAUGGUCACGUGUACCGUGUAUGCCAUCAAAACUCGGGGUGUGCCCGAGAACUUUAAUGAAGCCAAGCCCAUUGGAUUCACUAUGUACACGACGUGUAUAGUGUGGCUCGCCUUUAUCCCGAUUUUUUUCGGCACUGCUCAGUCAGCGGAAAAGCUCUACAUACAAACUACCACGCUCACCAUCUCCAUGAACCUAAGUGCGUCGGUGGCGCUGGGGAUGCUAUACAUGCCGAAAGUGUACAUCAUCAUUUUCCACCCUGAACUCAACGUCCAGAAACGGAAGCGAAGCUUCAAGGCGGUAGUCACAGCAGCCACCAUGUCAUCAAGGCUGUCACACAAACCCAGUGACAGACCCAACGGUGAGGCAAAGACAGAACUCUGUGAAAACGUAGACCCAAACAACUGUAUACCACCAGUAAGAAAGAGUGUACAAAAGUCUGUCACUUGGUACACUAUCCCACCAACAGUGUAG